CUUUUAUCCCUGCGUGUGCCGAGUCUCGCCAAGUACCUGGUGCUGUAGACAGAAUGGGUGACCUGCUGGAUGAUGGCUCAUUCAUGUUCACGUCGGAGUCCGUUGGCGAGGGACAUCCAGACAAAAUCUGUGACCAGAUCAGUGAUGCUGUCCUGGACGCUCACCUGAAGCAGGACCCAGAUGCCAAAGUGGCCUGUGAGACGGUGUGUAAGACCGGCAUGGUGCUGCUCUGUGGGGAGAUCACGUCCCGGGCCAACGUGGACUACCAGAGAGUGGUCAGAGACACCAUCAAACACAUCGGCUACGACAACUCAGACAAAGGUUUCGACUAUAAGACAUGUAACGUGCUGGUGGCUCUGGAGCAGCAGAGUCCGGACAUUGCUCAGGGGGUCCAUGUUGACAGACAGGAGGAGGACAUUGGAGCAGGAGACCAGGGUCUGAUGUUCGGCUACGCCACAGACGAGACGGAGGAGUGCAUGCCUCUCACCAUCGUCUUGGCCCACAGACUCAACUCAAAGAUGGCUGAGCUCAGACGCGACGGCACCAUCCCCUGGCUGCGUCCAGACUCUAAAACACAGGUGACCGUUCAUUAUGAGCAGAAGGACGGAGCCGUGAUCCCAAAGAGAGUUCACACCGUCGUGAUCUCCGUCCAGCACGAUGACUACAUCUCUCUGGAGGAACAGAAGAGCGUGCUGAAGGAGAAGGUGAUCAAGGCCGUGGUUCCUGCUAAAUAUUUAGACGACAAGACGAUCUACCACAUCCAGCCAAGCGGUCGCUUCGUCAUUGGAGGACCUCAGGGCGAUGCCGGUGUGACGGGCAGGAAGAUUAUCGUAGACACAUACGGAGGUUGGGGAGCUCACGGUGGCGGAGCCUUCUCCGGCAAAGACUUCUCAAAGGUCGACCGCUCAGCUGCCUACGCCGCUCGCUGGGUUGCCAAGUCCCUGGUCAAAGCCAAUCUGUGCAGGAGAGUCCUGGUUCAGGUGUCGUAUGCUAUCGGAGUGGCCCAACCUCUGUCCAUCUCCGUGUUCACCUACGGUUCCUCCCAGAAGUCAGAAACAGAGCUGCUCCACAUCGUCAACAAGAACUUUGAUCUGCGGCCCGGAGUCAUUGUCAGGGAACUGAACCUGAAGAGGCCCAUCUACCAGCAAACAGCCUCUUACGGCCACUUCGGCCGACCAGAGUUUACCUGGGAGGUGCCCAAAAAGCUCAUCCUCUAAAAACCACCACCUGCUCGUCCUGAUCGACAGCUGCUCGUGGGCUACAACUGCCACCUCCGGUCACUCAUAGAACUUGUUUAAUGGGAAGAACUAAAGCCAAAGUCAGGGUCAGCUUUAAAGAGAUGGGAAGAUAAUUUUGAGAGCGGUUGUAGCCAAGCGGAUGUAAAAUGGGAGCGUCUCCCAGCGAGAAGCGAGGCGUUGCAGAGGACGUUUCAGUCACUAAUCCUUUUCUUGCAUCUCAAACAUCCAGUAAAAACCAUCGCUAUUCAGAGCUCUUCCCUGGUAAACGAACACCACAAAAAAAUGUAAUCCUCUAAAGAUAAAACAAAAAAAAAAGAUCUACACCACUAGCAAGAGGGGUUUAUUUUAAAGCUGUGACUUCAACCUUACGAUGUACAGAGACAACCUCAGUGCUUCAUUUUCUUAACGGUGCUACAGGCAAUAGGUAUUUUGUCAGUGACGAUCAUGUGAAUGUCAGUGGUGUUGUCAUUGCUAAACCAAAGACUUGGCUUUAGGGGAAGAAAUUCAACUUUUUUUUUGUCAUGAGUGUAAAAUGUGUUUAGUUUUUAAGUCUUACUUUGUGACGUGUGCGACAGGAAGCUGUUUGCACCGUUGCGACCACCACACGGAUCAUUUCAACGUUGGCGAGCUUUUUAUUUCCUAAAGAUGAAAACGCUAAACGGUCAGGGAGUCUCAUGUUUUCACUUUUGUCGCCACUUCUGUUUUAAUCAACUUGCUGCUCUCUUCUACUGCUGACAGAUUUUUAUUAUCAUGUGUCUGUAAUUUCUUUUAGCAGCUAAUUGACUGUGAAUCAAUCGUCUCUGGGCAUUAAAUUAAAGCUGCACUGAUGUCUUACGACUGCUUUCUGUCUUAACCUGUGUUCAAUCAAAGUUCAUAUCAGACACAGUAAAUUGCCUCAAAUGCAGAUUCCCUCUCAUUUCCCUUUUUAUCUCUGAGACUCUUUCCUCAUUUCCCCUCAAUAUGAAGUUUUAUGUUCCCCAAUACAAAACCACAUCUUGGACUGUUGCCUGGUUACAUCGUCUCAGUCGAUUUAGAGGAAAUACUUUAAUAUAUUUCUCACGGUGUAUUAAAAAUGUAAUGUCGAGUCUGCCGUGAAGCAAAGUAUUUGGUCUGAAACACUUCUGAUGGGCUUGAUGAGGUGUGUGGCGAGCUUUAGGAGUUUCUGUGGUGACAAUCCGUGCUUUCUUCCACAGCCAGCGUUGUUUUUGUGAGAGGUCUUCCUCUGUUGAAUGUUUUGAUCUGUAUCAUCAUCUGUUGACGUUGUCGGCAGAGAAACUGGACGAUGUAAAUAAUUCAACAAUGAAAGAAAAUUAAAGUUUUAAAGUGUU